AUGCUCACUCCUGGCAGCUAUUCCAAUCUUCUUCUCAUAUUUAUCCCCCUAGGGAUAACUUAUGGUGUUCAGAACAGGGCUCCGGAACUCAUCUUCUGGUUCAAUCUUCUAGCCAUCAUCCCGCUCUCAAAACUCAAUCUUCGCAAGCUCCGCAGGCUGUCGUGCAUGCUAGGCCCUUUGGGCGGUGGAUUCUUGCACGCAAUUCUGGAUAAUGCGCCAUUGUUGAUUGUAUCCAUCCAACAGGGCGCAGCCCAUAUUGCGCAAUCCUGCGUUCUCGGGAGUGUCUUGGCCAAUCUUCUUCUUGUUGUUGGGUGGUGUUUCUUGGUCGGGAGUAUCCGCCACAGCGAAAUGAUAUUUAAUACCACGUUUGCAUCAACAGCGUCAUCUCUGAUGAUCGUCGCCUCAACGUCACUUGUGGUUCCGUCUGCCAUUUCCGAGGUGCAGUGCAGGACCGACGCCGAUUGUGAAGAUGACCUGGUGCGAAUGUCGCGCUCCGUUUCUAUAGCUCUCCUUUUUCUUUUCGUUAUAUAUCAGCACUACCGGUGGCGGUCUCACCGAUGGCUAUUCUUGGAAACCGCACCCUCUGAACCAUACAAUGAACACGCUAUAAGUCAUAUAUUUCUAGGCAUCGUUGAGGGAUUGCUUCUCAUCUCGGUUCUUGGACUUUCCUCUCUGUCCGCCUACUUUCUCUUGCGGACACUAAGCUCAGUAACAGACUCUGACUUCAUCAGCGGCAAGACAGUCAGCUUCGUCCUCUUACCGCUGGCUACCGAUGGACCAGCUCGAGUGGAAGCCAUUGUGGCGGCAUAUCGAAAUAGUAUGACGACAGCUUUGGAAUUUGCAAUCGGCCGAAGCAUGAACGCCGCCUUGUUCAUUACUCCCACGCUGGUCCUCUUCUCAUGGGCAGCUCAGUCCAAUGACCCCAUGACUUUACAUUUUCCAACUUUGGAGACUAUUUCCAUUUUUCUGGGUACGCUACUAGUUGCUGAGCUGUGUCGGGAUGGUAAAAGCAACUAUCUGGAGGGCGCCAUGUGUCUCGUCACUAUUCAAGGCAAGGAUCACAAUGCUUGA